GUAAGUUGUGGGGAGGGUUAAAAACCGCGCGUAGUCGCUAUAAUUUUAUUCCUGGAAAAUCGUCGUCGGUGCUAACCGUAGCACAUCGCAUAGUUAACAAACGUAACCAAAAGUAUUACCCCUUAGCAACUAGACAACUGUCAAACAAAGGGGCCUAUUAUAAUAUAAAAAAUAAUAUUAACCCAGCGGAAAGCAAUUAUACGAACCAAAAAUGUUCUCACGACCCAGCUUGUGCGGAACUGUGGGCAAAUUGUGCCGAUGCGGUACUUCAGCUACAGGAAUAACUACUACUACAGUGGCAGCAGCCACAUUUCCCGCUCGAAACUAUCAUGAGGUGGUGGGCGAUAUCAUCUGCCCCUCACAGGUGCGCGGUAUAGAUCACAUCCGUGAUCCACGACUCAACAAGGGCCUUGCCUUUACCCUCGAGGAGCGUCAGACUUUGGGCAUCCAUGGACUGCAGCCGGCGCGCUUCAAGACGCAGGAGGAGCAACUGCAGCUCUGCAAGAUCGCUGUGAACCGCUACACGGAGCCGCUGAACAAGUACCUUUACCUCAGCGAUCUGUACGAUCGUAAUGAGCGUCUGUUCUUCCGUUUCCUCUCGGAGAACAUCGAGGACCUGAUGCCUAUUGUCUAUACGCCAACAGUGGGUUUAGCCUGCCAACGUUUUGGCUUGAUCUACAGACGUCCUCAUGGUCUGUUUAUCACCUAUAAUGAUCGCGGACACAUCUUCGACGUGAUGAAGAACUGGCCGGAGCCAAAUGUCCGUGCCAUCUGCGUUACAGAUGGAGAGCGUAUCCUGGGCUUGGGAGAUUUGGGAGCCUGUGGCAUGGGCAUUCCCGUGGGCAAGCUGGCCUUGUACACGGCUCUUGCCGGAAUCAAACCCCACCAGUGCCUGCCUAUCUUGGUGGACGUAGGCACCAACAACAUUGAUCUGCUAGAGGAUCCCCUGUACGUCGGUCUGCGCCAAAAGCGUGUGGUCGGACGGGAGUACGACGACUUCAUUGAUGAGUUCAUGGAGGCGGUGGUCCAGCGUUAUGGUCAGAACACAUUGAUCCAGUUCGAGGACUUUGGCAACCACAAUGCAUUUAGGUUCCUGGACAAGUACCGUAACACCUACUGCACCUUCAACGAUGACAUCCAGGGAACCGCUUCCGUGGCCGUCGCUGGACUCUAUGCCUCCAAGCGAAUUACUGGCAAGUCCUUCAAGGACUACACGUUCCUAUUCGCCGGAGCUGGCGAGGCCGCCAUCGGCAUCGCCGAUCUGACAGUUAAGGCCAUGGUGCAAGAUGGCGUGCCAAUCGAGGAAGCCUACAGCAGAAUCUACAUGGUUGAUAUCGACGGCUUGCUAACCAAAAACCGCAAGGUUGGUAACCUCGAUGGCCACAAAAUCCAUUAUGCCAAGGAUAUCAAUCCCAUGACCGAUCUUGCAGAAAUUGUAUCCACAAUCAAGCCCAGUGUGCUUAUUGGUGCUUCGGCCGCUGCCGGUAUUUUCACACCUGAGAUCCUGCGUACUAUGGCGGAUAACAACGAGAGGCCCGUGGUGUUCGCCUUGUCCAAUCCCACCAGCAAGGCUGAAUGCACUGCCGAAGAUGCUUACAAGCACACGGAUGCCCGUGUGAUCUUCUCGUCAGGAUCUCCUUUCCCACCAGUUCAGGUCGGUGACAAGACCUUCUAUCCCGGUCAGGGAAACAACGCCUACAUUUUCCCAGGCGUGGGAUUGGGCGUGAUCUGCACAGGCACCCACCACAUACCCGACGAAAUGUUCCUCAUCGCCGCCCAGGAAUUGGCCAACUUUGUGGAGCUCAGUGACAUUGAGCGUGGAUCGCUAUAUCCUCCGCUGUCGAGCAUUCGGGAAGUGUCGAUGAACAUUGCUGUCGGUGUUACCAAGUGUGCCUACGACAGAGGCUUGGCAUCUACCUAUCCGGAGCCGCAGGACAAGCGCAAGUGGCUGGAGAACCAACUGUACAACUUCAACUAUGAGAGCUCCAUGCCUGCGACAUGGGUUUGGCCAAGGAUGCCCUACAUUAAGACUCGCGAAGAAAGCCCGCUCAUUGCCGCCAUCAAAUAAAAAGCAUUAAAGCGUUCAACUGAUUGAUGGCACCCGUUCUGUUUUGCAUCUAACACACUCUACUACUUCCAAGCGUACACCAUCAGCACCAAGCAACCAACCGACUACUAACAAGCCUACUCUAGACUAUAAAAAUUUUCAAGUGCUCACUCUAUUUAAAUGUUCGUUGAUCUAUUCGUUGCCACCGUCAGUCAAGCUCUGAGAUUCGGUUCUCCAGCCUCAACUAUUCCCAGAUUGUUGACUAAAAAAUUAUUGAAAAUAUUGUUAAUAAUACUACUAGACCAUUAGUCAUCGAUACGGGACAGUCGGGGGCUGUGUUAUAGACGACGGCGUCAUCGGAGUAGCUCUUAAGUGUAUUUUGAAAUUGUUCAUAGUAUAAUGUAUGUAUGCUGUUUUUUUAUAUUUGUAUAAAUUAUCAUGUUAUUAAUUUUGUGAUACCAAUUCUGAUACCGAUACCAAAUGACGAUUUUCACCGACUGUGACGAUGACUACGCUUCUGAAAAAAAAGCAAUUACGCAGUAUUCUAUCCUAUCACUAUCCUAUCUGUAUUUAAUCUGUGCUAUGUUUAUGGUUUGCUGUAACUUUACCACCCAAUAAUUGGCUUUGCAGUUCCAUUCCCUCGCCGCUUGCCUCAAUUCUCCUGCAUUAUCUGUGCAUCCCCCAGCUUCCAGUUUGACCUCCUCUGUCUAAUACUAAUACUAACUCUGACGGCGGCAUCAAGCGAGCUCUAUAGCUAAAUAUUUAUAUAUCAAAAUUCACGCUUAUUCACCCACCCGAAAUUCGACAAUUGAUUGAUUUAUCUAUUGCUAUAUGUUCCUUUCGUUGACACACAGAGAGCGAGGAACUUAUGUAAAUUAUCGAACCCCCCUACAAACCGACCGCCUAGAACAAUUGGCUAGACAGCAGAGCUAACUGCUUCGAGAACUGGUGAGAGCAACCCAACCAACCAUCCAACCGAUUCCACAUGUAAAACAACUUAAUUCGCUGCCGUUAACCUCCAACUAUCUAAGUUAAUACAUUAUGAUUUCUAUCGUUUAGUUCCCUUAUAUCUGUAGAUAUAUUCAAGUGACGAUUAUAUUUGUUGAGCCAUGUCUGAUAUUUAUUAACGCAAUUAAGCAGCUUUGUUAUAAUUUAUUGUUACCAAGGUCGCGCUAAAGUAUCAAUAACUAGAAACCCUAUCCCUAAUGAUCGAUCGGACCGAUUCAGCCAUUGUACCACUGACUAGAUGAUGAUGUACGAUAAACAAUAAAAUAAAAAUACAAGUUAAA